CAAUUCAUCAAACUCAACAUAAUUUAACCACUAAAUAAAAUGGCUAAGUAUUUCCUCCCCCUUCUGGCCGUACUUCUCGCCGCCGGCCAAUUGGUCUCCGGCCAGAACUGCGGCUGCGCGGCGCGCAACCUCUGCUGCAGCCGCUGGGGCUAUUGCGGCCUCGGCAAUGACUACUGCGGCGACGGCUGCCGUGAGGGGCCGUGCAACCGGCCCCCGUCCACCCCAACCCCAACCCCAUCCACCCCGACUUCCCUUGCUAGUAUCGUUACCGAUGCCUUUUUUAAUAGCAUAAUCAAUCAAGCCCCGGGAAAUUGCGCCGGAAGGGGCUUCUACACCCGGGCGGCUUUUCUUGAGGCCGCUCGGUCAUAUCCGAAUUUCGCUAAUGAGGGAUCCAAUGAUGUCCGGAGGCAGGAGGUCGCCGCGUUUUUCGCCCAUGUCACACAUGAGACCGGACACAUGUGCUACAGAGAAGAGAUCGGAGGCGCGAACCAAAAUUACUGCGAGAACAGAGCAGAUUAUCCGUGCGCAGCCGGUAAAAAGUAUUACGGCCGAGGUCCCCUGCAGCUGACAUGGAACUACAACUACGGCGCUGCCGGCCGGAGCAUCGGGUUCAAUGGUCUUGGCGAUCCCGACAUUGUUGCCCGAGAUGCAGUUAUAUCUUUUAAGACAGCCCUGUGGUUCUGGAUGACAAACUGUCAUAAUGCCAUUACUAGUGGACAAGGUUUCGGGGCCACGAUUCGCGCCAUAAAUGGACGGCUCGAAUGCAACGGGGCGAAUCCGGCAACGGUCACUGCCCGUGUUAAUUAUUACACGAACUAUUGCAGUCGGUUCGGAGUCAAUCCCGGUGGUAAUCUUCGAUGUUAGAGGGAGAGAGAUUGUCAGAUGAAGACAUGGUGAUGAAUAAAACCUCAAGUUCAAGAUUAGUUUGAGAUCGAUGAAUUGUUGUGUGUUUGAUUUUUAGUAUUAUGUGAUCCUCUUGAAUAAUCACUCUUGUGAUCUAUUGAAGAAUAUUAAUGAAUAAUAAAUAAAAAUAAACACAAUAAUAUUACUUGUAA